CACUUCUGGCUCUUGCUGGGCAUCUACCUGGCUGCCCUCCUGGGCAACGGCCUCAUCAGCACAGCCGUAGCCUGCGACCACCGCCUGCACACCCCCAUGUACUUCUUCCUCCUCAACCUCGCCCUCCUCGACCUGGGCUGCAUCUCCACCACUCUCCCCAAAGCCAUGGCCAAUGCCCUCUGGCACACCAGGGCCAUCUCCUACACAGGAUGUGCUGCACAGGUCUUUUUCUUCUUCUUUUUCUAUUCAGCAGAGUAUUCCCUUCUCACCAUCAUGUCCUAUGACCGCUACGUUGCCAUCUGCAAGCCCCUGCACUACGGGACCCUGCUGGGCAGCAGAGCUUGUGCCACCAUGGCAGCAGCUGCCUGGGGCACUGGGCUUCUCUAUUCCCUGCUGCACACUGCCAAUACAUUUUCACUGCCUCUGUGCCAAGGCAAUGCUGUGGAUCAGUUCUUCUGUGAAAUCCCCCAACUUGUCAAGCUCUCCUGCUCAAAAUCCUACCUCAGGGAAGAUGGGUUACUCCUUUUUAGUAUCUGUUUAUCUUUUGGGUGCUUUGUAUUCAUUGUUGUGUCCUAUGUGCAGAUCGUCAGGGCCGUGCUGAGGAUGCCCUCUGAGCAGGGAUGGCACAAAGCUUUCUCCACGUGCCUCCCUCACCUGGCCGUAGUCUCCCUGUUAGUCAGCACGGGCUUUUUUGCCUACGUGAAACCCCACUCCCAAUCCUCCCCAUUCCUAGAUGUGACAGUGGCACUUCUGUAUUCUGUGGUUCCCCCAACACUGAACCCUAUUAUCUACAGCAUGAGGAACAAGGAGAUCAAGCAUGCCCUACGCAAACUGUUGCAAUAUGUGCACUAUUCCAGCUUCAAUAAUGUGCCCAUCUUCCUCACGUGA